AUGGGAAGUGUGUUUUAUUCUAUGCUAGAAAAUGUCCCUGUCACAGUUGAAGCGUACAUCCCUGGAGAAUUUGUGAAGUACAUAAAUAACGAUGGAGAGUGUACUGAUUCUCCUAAUGAAGAGUUAGACGAAUUGUUGAAAACUCAGUGCCAUUCGCAUUUUAGCUAUGAAUAUAGCAACAAAGAACUUAUGAUUUUAGACAUUCAAGGUUCGGGAUAUUCACUCUACGAUCCUGAAAUAUCAACAAGUAAGAGGGAGGUUGAUUGUUCUAAGUCGUCGAAUGUUGGUGAUGAAGCUUAUUUCUGCACAGGAAAUUUAUCAAUUGUUGGGAUCAACGAAUUUAAGAGACAACAUAUUUGUAACAAGUUUUGUCAAAUGAUGGAACUUAGUGUCCUUGUGUAA